AUGCACCGCGUCGGUGGCCGCUUGCUUUUCGCUGGGCUUGCUGCAGCAAGCGCGUCGGAGCCCCGUGUACCGCUCGGGGAAUGCCUGGACCACCAGUGUGAGGUCCAGGUGGAGCUGAUCCAAACAUCCUCCAUCCUCGAGUGGAGAGCUGGCAAGGUUGCGGAGCCACCUGCUGGCCCAGAUGUGUUCGAGGACUCUGGCACCACUGCCGAUUCCCUUUCUGCAUCAUCCUUCGUGGAGGUGGCUUCCGAAGAGGCGCGACGCUCGCUGAUUGGGGAGCUGCUGAGCCGAGACGUGCAGGCACGACUGCAAGAGUCAUCGGGCAAUUCAAGUUCUACGACCACCGCCGCGAGUGCCUCAUCUACGACGGUGCUGGCCAUUGGCAACUCCGAGGGGGAUCUGGUGGCGUUCCUGGUCGCGCUGGGUGUGAACGUCGGGGCGGCCCUCCUCUUCUGCUGCUCCUUCGCUUGCCUUCGUCGCAGCCAUGGCCUGGUGUAUGCACGGAAGGCUGAGACACCAGGCAGCCACGGGAUGCAGCCGCCGGACGUGAGUGGCUUUUGCACCUGGGCCGUGGAGUCCUGGAGGCUGCCGGUGGAGGAGGUUGCAAAUCACGCCAAUCUGGAUCAUGGAAUGUUUGUUCAAUUCUGCGACACGGCAAUCAUGUGCUUGCUGUCGUCCGGGCUCCCUGCCAUUCUGAUUCUCUGCCCGGCGCACUUCUUCGCCGGGGGUGGCGCUGCUGGCUCGGACAACCUCAGCCGCGUGGGCUUUGCCAACGUGGUGCAGGGCAGCGCCUUGACCUGGUUGCAUCCCUUCUUCGUGUGGUACACGGUCAUCGUCACCCAGGCUUUCCUUCUGCGCGCCCAGCGAGGCUUCGUGCAGAAGCGCUUCCAGUGGCUGAGGACCAUGCCAGAGCCUAGGGCCAACUCCGUGCUGCUGCAUAACAUACCUCCAGAUCUCCGCCAGGAGGCAUCCCUGCGAAAUUACCUCCAAGAGCAGAUCUUCGGUGUGUCCGACGGACGCUCGGUCGUGCGGUCGCUCUAUUUUUUGAAAGAGACAUCAGAGCUGGAUCCGUUCCUCAAGCAGCGGCACCUGCUUGUGCAGGACCUGCAGAGGAUGACGAAGGCUUCAGAGCAUGAGAGGCGCCAAGCGGUCUUGAAUGCCGAAAUCAAGAAGGUUGAUUCGCAGCUGGCGAAGCAGCAGGAAAUCAUCGAGCGCAGUGACGAGUACAACAGGGACUCGGCGUUCGUGACCUUCGAGAUUCGGCACGACGCGGUGAUCGUUCUCAAGCUCUUCGCGGCAGACGGGCAUGGAGGGGAAGACCUCCUGGCCGAGCUGCCUCCGGACCCUGACGACGUCAUUUGGGCGGAUCUUCUGGCCCCAACCCGCCUGCAGUGGCUGUGGGAUGCCCUGGGCAUCUUCCUAUUGCUGCUGGCUGGUUUGGUGAUGGUACCGCUGGUGGUGGUGAUUGCCGGCCUCAGUUCGGUAAAGAGUUUGGAGGCGCAAGAUGCGAACCUCGCUGCGUUCAUGGAUAGGAAUCCCGCCGUGCCAAUCUUCUGGAACGGGCUUCUCGGGCCGUUUACUCUGACUCUGGUUAUGAGCUUCCUCCCUGCGGUCUUGACUCUGAUCCUCGGAACCUUCUUCAUGCUGAAGGCCCGGGGUUGGCUGCAGUAUCGGGUUCAGCAGUGGUACUACAUGUACCAGAUUCUGCUGGUGCUCUUCGUCACCUCUGUGGGCGCUGCCUUGUCGGGCGCCCUAAGCUACCUGUUGAAGAACCCCUUGGAGAUUCCGCAGAUGCUGGCAACCACUUUUCCAACCUGUACGCACUUUUACAUGAACUAUGUGGUGCUGCAAAUCGGUGUUCACGUCUUUGGGUUGAUGCGCCUCUUCGUGCUGACAAAGUUCUUGUUUUACCGGUGCUUCUUCGAGGACUUGACGGCCCUGCAGCGCGCGGAGCCGGAGGAUCAGGAGUACCAUGGCAUGGGGUCACGAAGUGCGCGUAUGACGCUCUUGUAUGUGAUCGCCCUGGUGUUCAGUACCCUCUGCCCACUGAUCACAGUCUUGGCGGCAGUGACCUUUGCCGUUGCACGUGUGGUCUAUACGUACCUGUUUGUGUACGCGGAGAUGCUGAAGCCAGAUCUGGGAGGUCUCUUCUGGCAACGGCAGCUGAAUCAUGCUCAGCAGGGCACCUUCUUGUACAUCGCGCUGAUGACGGCGGUGCUCCUGCAGAGGGCUCCAACCCCAUGGCCGGGCAUGAUCUGCGCCUCCAGCGCAGUCUUCAUGGGCUUCUCCUAUUACACGUUUCUCAACAGGUUCCGAUGGGAGCAGCUCCAGUUCAGCGAAGUCCCUGCGAAGGGUGCCCUUGGCGGACCUCCUAUGCAGUACGGUCACUACAAGCAGCCGCAGCUGCCUGCGCCGCCUCCGCCGGCGCCGAAAGAAGUAGACCUCGUCACCCGGGCUGUGACCACCAUGCGCCAGCGUUUGAACGUCUGCGGCCCCUGCGGCUUUGACGACGAGGGGCCUGAUGCCGACGACAUUGCUGCAGCCGCCGCAGCAAGGCAGGCCCGCCGCAGCAAGACCGAGCGCAGCGACCGGCUGGCCCCUCCGGCGUCCAUGGAUGUCCGACGCGCAAGAACGGAGGGCCUUUGA